GGUGGGAACGGGGGAUUAGGCUACGCAUCCUGCCUUGAACUUGCUCGUCAUGGGGCCAAGGUAUACAUGGCAUCUCGUACCGAAUCUCGAGCAAAGUCUGCAAUUUCGAAAAUCAAGGAAGAAGUCCCAGAGGCUCAAAUCGAGUUUCUUUAUUUCGAUCUUACCAUCUUGUCAUCUGCUAAGAAGGCAGCGAUCGAGUUUAUGAAGAAUGAGAACCGCCUCGAUAUUCUGAUGAACAAUGCUGGAGUAUGUAUGACUCCCUAUGAGUUAAGUCCGGAUGGAAUAGACCUCCAGGCAUGCAACUGCACUGGUCAUUUUGCCUUGACCAUUGAGCUUUUACCGAUCUUAAAAAAGACUUCAAGCUUGCCAGAUUCUCACGUACGAGUUGUAAAUGUGUCAAGUUUAGGUCAUAUUUCUGCUUCGAAACCAGACUUUUCUUCUCUUGAAAGUUUGAAUCUCAAAUCUUCAAGUGGAUGGGCUCGAUACAAGAUGAGCAAGCUAUGUAACCUGCUUUUCAACAAUGAACUUCAAAAACGAUUGGAAGAUACAAACAUAAUUUGUUUAGCAGUACAUCCAGGGGUUGUGUACACCGGAUUGGGUGACCAUCUAUUACCAAGUCAAACACAACCUGAAUCAUUAAGCUCAGCUUCAGACCCACUGAUCAAUCUGCUCAUCAGUGAUUCAAAACAAGGCGCACAGACUCAGCUCUAUGCUGCAACCUCCCCUGAAAUCGAAACGAAGAACUUGAGAGGAGCUUACCUAGUCCCAUAUGGACAGCUCGGUAGAAAGAGCAGAUACGCUCAAGACGCCGAUGGAAAGCUGGGUCGAGCACUUUGGGUAUUGUGCGAGAAACUGCUGGCUGAUGAGGAGAAGCGGAAGUAUUAA